AUCGUUUAAAGUGUUGUAUCUAAACGACUGCAAUAAACUCAAAGGUCUGCCAGAGCUUCCAAGCCAAUUACAUGUACUUGAAGUAAAAAACUGUAUGUUGCUGAAAACUGCAGUAUCAACUUCAUGCAUUUUACCCAUGAAGCCUGAACCGUGUUGUUUCCAAUUUGAUUUUAUGAACUGCUUCAAUUUGGAUCAAAAUGCACGUGGCAAUAUCAUGGGAGAUGCAGAGUUGAGAAUUAAAGAAUUAGCUAUUUGUUCGAGGAAUAAUGUCAGAAGGAGUCAGGAUAUUAUAACCCAUUGGCUUCGUUUUGAUCUCACGUUAUCUGGAAGUGAAACUCCAGAGUGGUUCAGCUUUCAAAGCCAAGGGUCUUCACUAAAUGCUGAUAUGCUCCUUCCAUCUUGGUUUAUUUCUACAUUUCUAGAUUUUGCUUUUUGCGUUGUUGUGGAGUAUGAGAUUCCUGCUAUCAACAGAGAGGAAUAUUAUGAUUUUAAUCUCAGGGUUUCAUGUAAAUGUUGUUUCAAAACCACAAAUGGAUACAAAGAGUAUCUCAUCACUCAUUUUAGAUCUCAUCACGGGCCUGUCUUUGAAUCAGACUCUGUGUAUCUUUGGUACAAGCACCGAGAUCUAAGUAUCUGGCUCAUACGGAACUGUUAUAGAGUCAAUGAAGCCUCAUUUGAAUUCAAAGCAGAAAAAUUGUCUAGUAAGAAAGAAGUAAAUGUGAAAAUGAAGGGUUGUGGGGUUCACCUGGUGAUGGAAAGUGAUUCCAUGUCUGAUUACGAGGAAGAGGAGCAAAACGAUUCCACGUCUGAAUCUGAGGAAGAUGAGCAAGUUCUAUAG